UCUUUCUCUCGCUCAGUCUAGAGCGGAGUGUGUGAGUGUGCACACAACAGAGAGAGCAGACGAUAGAAAGAGAGGGCUGUCCUAUUCUGGUUUUUAUUCUGUCUAUCCGUUUGUCUCCUCCAGACACCCAGGACUCCUCUGGCUCUCUCUACCCCGGCAGGGUGUUUGCUGUUGGUGUAACACUCGACCGGCUCAGCCUCCCUCCUGUUGGGAACUCUGGAGCUCCCUCUCUCGUCGUCUGUGUUUGCUCUCCAUCGACUGGCUGAUUUUCUUCAUUUGGAGUGUGUGAGAGUGUGUUUUACUCGGCAGGAUUAGGCAGUCAGUAUGCACUGUGGUACAAGCUGGUACGGUGGAGGGCGUUUCACUCGUAGGUGUGUGUUGUUGCCUCUCGCUCUGUGAGCCGCACUUGAGUCUCGUACACUCGUCGGAUCUAACGGAACAAGCAUCCACCAUUCCCAAGGAUUUGGGAUAUUUGUAUAAAGGUUUAUCCUUCCCUGAUUUGUGGAUACAGAGAGGGACUACACCUUACAACUUCCCUGAGAAGUAACAUCGUCUGAGCAGGUUGAGAGAGGGAGGAGUUCCCUCUUGUUUUACCAGGCUGACCAGUGAGGUCUCUCAUAGUAUUGAGGAGUUGCUUUUCCCAUUGAAACGGAAUUUCAGAGAGCGAACCUGAUGAGAGGAUGCAGCAGGAAGCAGAUGUGAGACUGAGCCCCACCUGAGUCCUGACCCAUCACCUCCCGCCCCCACCCGGCCGUCCCAUCAUGCACAUGCCGUUUCGAGGUCGUCUGAAGCUGCUGGUGGCAUCUCUGACCGCCGUCAUCCUGCUCACCUGGCUCUACCUGCUGGCUGGGAACCUGGAGAAUGGGCAUUCUCUCCUCCUGUCCCCCUGUUUGUCAGAGACCCCCGAGGCACGGGUUCUAGAGCGGGCGGUUCUAGAGUCGCGGGUGCGCGAGAUGGAGGAGGAGAACCGGCAGAUCCGCCUGCAGCUCAGCCAAUUGCAGGGCACGGCCGGCCAGCCCGCCGACGGUGGUAACUACGGCAACGCGGCGUGGGGGGCGUCAGCUGACACUGGGCCCGAGGAUGUGGAGAACACGGCGGAGGAGAGAGCCAAUCACACAGAGUGUCCCCGUUCGCCCACCGUACUGAAGUGUGAGCUGAUCCAUGUCGCGUGCGUGUGUGCCGGUCACAACGCCAGCAGAGAUGUGGUCACCCUGGUCAAGUCCAUCCUGUUCCACAGGAAAAACCCUCUCCAUUUCCACUUCAUCACAGACGCAGUAGCCAAUCAGAUCCUGAAUUCUCUGUUCCAGUCCUGGAUGGUUCCGUCUGUACAAGUUAGCUUCUACGACGCAGAUGAACUCAAGUCUGAGGUGUCAUGGAUACCUAACAAGCACUACUCGGGUAUCUACGGCCUGAUGAAGCUGACUCUAACCAAAGCGCUGCCCUCUGACCUCACAAAGGUCAUCGUCCUGGAUACGGACAUCACCUUCGCCACCGACAUCGCUGAGCUCUGGGCCAUCUUCAGGAAGUUCACUGACAAGCAGGUGAUAGGUCUGGUGGAGAACCAGAGUGACUGGUACCUGGGAAACCUGUGGAAGAACCACAAACCCUGGCCCGCCCUUGGACGAGGCUUCAACACUGGGGUCAUCCUGCUCUACCUGGAGAGGCUGCGACGGAUUGGCUGGGAGCAGAUGUGGAGGCUGACCGCUGAGAGAGAGCUAAUGAGCAUGCUCAGUACCUCGCUGGCUGACCAGGACAUCUUUAAUGCGUUCAUUAAGCAGAACCCAGUCCUAGUGCAUCAGCUGCCCUGCUUCUGGAACGUUCAGCUGUCUGACCACACACGCUCCGAACAGUGCUACACAGAGGUGUCUGACCUCAAGGUGAUCCACUGGAACUCUCCUAAGAAACUCCGUGUGAAGAACAAGCAUGUGGAGUUCUUCAGGAACCUCUACCUAACCUUCCUGGAGUACGAUGGGAACCUACUGAGACGAGAGCUGUUUGGCUGCCCCAGCCGUGCCACCUCAGAGAGUGUACAGUUACAAGGAGCUCUGGAGGACCUGGAUGAAGACGACCAGUGUUAUGACUUCCGGCGGGAGCGAAUCACAGUGCACCGCGUGCACCUCUACUUCCUGCAGUACGAGUACACGCCCACCGGGGACGACACGGACGUCACGCUGGUCGCACAGCUCUCCAUGGACAGGUUACAGAUGCUGGAGGCCAUAUGUAAGCACUGGGAAGGCCCUAUCAGCCUGGCCUUGUACAUGUCAGACGCUGAGGCCCAGCAGUUCCUGCGUUACGCCCAGGCCUCCGAGGUGCUGAAGAACCGUAAGAACGUGGGCUACCAUAUCGUUUACAAGGAGGGCCAGUUCUACCCCGUCAACCUGGUGAGAAAUGUGGCCCUGAGGAACGCCAACACGCCCUAUGUGUUCCUGGCAGACGUGGACUUCCUGCCCAUGUACGGCCUCUAUGAUUACCUCAGAAAGUCUGUGGUCCAGUUAGACAUGGCCCACACUAAGAAGGCUCUGGUGGUCCCGGCCUUUGAGACGCUGCGCUACCGCCUCUCCUUUCCCAAAUCCAAAGCUGAGCUGCUCUCCAUGCUGGACAUGGGGACCCUCUACACCUUCAGGUAUCACGUUUGGACCAAGGGCCAUGCUCCUACCAACUACGCCAAGUGGCGGACAGCCACCACGCCCUAUAAGGUGGAGUGGGAGGCAGACUUUGAGCCCUAUGUGGUGGUGAAGCGGGACUGCCCUGAGUAUGACCAGCGCUUUGUGGGCUUUGGCUGGAACAAGGUCUCCCAUAUCAUGGAGCUGGAUGCACAGGAGUACGACCUGAUGGUUCUGCCCAAUGCGUUCAUGAUCCACAUGCCACACGCACCCAGCUUCGACAUCUCCAAGUUUCGCUCCAGCCCGGGCUACCGCUACUGCCUGCAGACCCUGAAAGAAGAGUUCCACCAAGACCUGUCCCGGAAGUACGGCGCAGCCGCCCUCAAGUACCUCACUGCUCAGAGGAACAUCUAAACCAGGACUCCCAAGGGCCACUGGGCUCCAUAUCUAGGGCCCCAACGGCCCCAUGGGCCCCCAUGCUGCUCCCUGGCAAGUCUGAAGGGGUUUGGGAAUAUUGGCAACUAUCUUGGAUAUCAAGAUGGAGCUUUAAAGUCUUGUAGAAAUUUCUGGAGAUGUGUUAAACUUUCUGGGCUGGUUUGGGCUGGGAUGACCCACCCAACUCUGCUAUAAUGGAUUAUGGCCCAAACUGGAAUAUAAACAAUGAACCAAACAGAACAGACAUGACAGUUGUCACACGAUGUUGGGCUCACUGGGAAGACGUUCCUCUGAGAGGGAUGAGUGGUUGACUGCUUUAAGUCUGGGAGUAAGUGACAAUUAUCAUGAUUUGUUCGGACAAUCGGGGCCUUUUCUGAGGAAAAUACAUUUCAAACCAAUACGUCCACAUGGGAUAUCUGGACCUGGACUUCAAGGACAGGACGUUUGGGAAACACAGAACUGAAAGAAAGGGAAGUUGCAUCUUCCCUGGUCUCUUCAAGGGGACGAAUCGGAAUCACGUUCGGAGUGACCAAUCGAACUGGAGAAACGUUUAAGCCUUAUAAUUUUCCAUUAUAUUUAAUAAGAUAUUUAAGGAUAUCAGUUUUUUUCUCAAUGUAAAUGAUUAGCAAUUAAUAACAAACAAAUAUGGCAAAUAUAGGUUUUGGUUAUGAUGUUGCAUAAUAAUUAUAUUAUUUUUCCUUUCUCUAUUUUUGGGCCCCCUGAAAGGAAAGAGUAUGUCCUUGUUUGAAAGCUUCUGAAUGAUUGAGCGGGGAGAAUAGCCAGGCAUCAUGGUUAAGCUGGACAUUGUGUAUGUGUGUGCACUCACUGACUAAAUGAGCUGCUCACUAAGUCACCAUGCUAUGUCAUACUACAUUCUUACCACUCAAUGUCAUUCUCUUUCCUCUACAUCAUACUAAUAACCUGCGUUUAUCAUCCUCCAUCUAAAGAAUACAUAUAUACAGUAUCAGUCAAAAGUUUGGCCACACCUACUCAUUCAAGGGUUUUUCUUUAUUUUGACUAUAUUCUACAUACUAUGAACUAGCACAUAUGGAAUCAUGUAGUAACCAAAAAAGUGUUAAACAAAUCAAAAUAUAUUUGACAUUUAAGAUUAUUCAAAGUAGCCACCUUGAUGACAGCUUGCACACUCUUGGCAUUUUCUCUACCAGCUUCAUGAGAUAGUCAACUGGAAUGCAUUUCAAAUAAUUUAGCUAUACCUAAUUUGUGGAAUUUAUUCUCUUCUUAAUGCGUUUGAGCCAAUCAGUUGUGUUGUGACAAGUUUGGGGUGGUAUACAGAAGAUAGCCCUAUUUGGUAAAAGAAAAAUACCAUAUUAUGUCAAGAACAGCUCAAAUAAGCAAAGAGAAAAAACAGUCCAUCAUUACUUUAAGAUAUGAAGGUCAGUCAAUCGGGAAUAUGUCAAGAGAUUUGAACGUUUCUUCAAGUGCAGUCGCAACAAACAUCAAACGCUAUGUUGAAACGGCACUCAUGAGGACCGCCACAGGAAAAGAAGACUCAGAGUUACCUCUGCUGCAGAGGAUAAGUUCAUUAGAGUUAACAGCCUCAGAAAUUGCAACCCAGAUAAAUGCCUCACAGAGUUCAAGUAAUAGACACAUCUCAACAUUAACUUUUCAGAGGAGACUGCGUGAAUCAGGCCUUCAUGGUCGAAUUUCUACAAAGAAACCAUUACCAAAGGACACCAAUUAGAACAUUAGACUUGCUUAGGCCAAGAAACACGAGCGAAGGACAUUAGACCGGUGGAAAUCUGUCCUUUGAUUUUUUUUUUUUUUGGUUCCAACGCUGUGUCUUUAAGACGCAGAGUAGGUGAACGGAUGAUCUCUGCAUAUGUGUCCCAUCGUGAAGCAUGGAGGAGGAGGUGUGAUGGUGUGAGGGUGCUUUGCUACAACAGCAUUUUAUAGCAAUACGCCAUCUCAUCUGGUUUGCGCUUUCAUUUGUUUUGCAAUAGGACAAUGACCCAACACACCUCCAGACUGUGCAAGGGCUAUUUAACCAAGAAGAAGAGUAAUGGAGUGCUGCAUCAGAUGACGUGGCCUCCACAAUCACCUGACCUCAACCCAAUUGAGAUGGUUUGGGAUGAGUUUGAUCGCAGAGGGAAGGAAAAGCAGCCAACAAGUGCACAGCAUAUGUGGGAACUCCUUCAAGACUGUUGGAAAAGCAUUCCAGGUGAAGCCGGUUGAGAGAUUGCCAAGUGUGCAAAGCUGUCAUCAAGCCAAAUGGUGCCUACUUUGAAGAUUCUAAAAUCUAAAAUCUAUUUUGAUGUGCUUAACACUUUUUUUGUUCACUUCAUAAUUUCAUAUGUGUUAUUUCAAAGUUUUGAUGUCUUCACUAUCAUUCUACAAUGUAGAAAAUAGUAAAAUAAAGAAAAACCCUUGAAUGAGUAGGUGUGUCCAAUCUUUUGACUGGUACUGUACAGGUAUUAAUAUUAAGAUUCUUGUUUUUCCUUCUGCAUAUAUUUAUCCCCUCUAAGCCAAAUAUGCACCCGAAUUCAGCCCAAAAUACAAGCCAACACUGAUUGGGACCACCGCAAACAGACCCCCAAAAAAUCUAAAUAGCAACAACAAAAAAGCAUCUCGCUAGAAAUGCAAUGGCUGCAAAUGAACGGCCUGUUGUUGAAUUAUUAACACUCACUAUUGAAAUUCCACGAGCGAUUUACAGCGUUACCAGUGCCAUGUCUAGAUGAGUGAUACGCUGUAUGCUAUGUGCCAUCUACUGUAACAAACCUUUCUCCUUUUACGAUGAACCUUUCGCCUUUUCUUUAAAACUUAAUUCCUUUUUCUAUUGACCAAUUCCUUGUUUUUUUUCUCGUAUACCAUCCUGAGACCCACUCCUGUUCUCACAAACCAUCCCUUCUUUCUCUAAUCCCGACCCCUUCCUAAAUCUCUAUAUGCUACUACUACAGUUUUGAACUCUAUAGUACACAUAAUCCAUGGGACAACAGUAACAAAUCAACCUUUCAACCCCAAUGAACCUACCACUCCAAAUGCCAAAUAAUACGCAUACGCCUAACGUCACGAGAAACGGCACAAGUGUUCAAGCCUAUUUGCUACUGUAAUGACUUUGUAAUGACUGAAUGGUUACAUAUAAUGCCACGAUGGGGUCGGCACAUACAACACAACUUAUGGGAGGGGCACAUACCCUGCAUUGUUACUAUGGGUUAGGUACAUACACAGCUGCCAUUGAAAUGGCUACCAAGGAAUGGAUCGAGACACCACCUCUCCCUGCCACCUUCCAUGCCUCGCACAACCCCUGUCGACUGUUCUGAUUGCAGUAAAUGCUAGUGCCUUUGCUGUAUUGUGAAACUGGAUAUUGAUUGUACUGCUGUACGUUACCAAUGGGGCCUGAGGAUAGUCAGGCACUCUAUUUAUUAUUGUCGACUCAAAUCAAUCAUAUUUUUCUAUGUCGGGGACAAAGUGCUUUAAAUAAAUAUGCCCUUUUUUCUACCA